AUGGCGGCCGUCGACGACCAACGCGAGGUGGCGAAAACUUUCUUCGUCGACGGACCCGGGGGUACCGGAAAAACGACGCGGUACGGAUGCCUGAUAUGGGCGCUUCGGCACCGACCUCCGCAGCAGGAGGUGUUGUGCGUGGCGUUCACCGGUAUCGCCGCGUCGCUCAUGGACGGCGGCAUGACCGUACACUCGACGUUCGGACUGCCUUUCGGCACGCUGACCGAAGACUCGACGUCCAGCGUCACCAUGCAGUCCGAGCGAGCGCAGAAGAUACGCAACGCGGCGCUCAUCGUCUGGGACGAAGCCCCAAUGUCGCCGGGACUGCAACUGACGGUGGUGGACCGCCUGCUCAGGGACGUCAUGGCAUCGGAAUUACCGUUCGGCGGUAAAACCACGCUGUUCGCCGGCGACUUCAGGCAGAUAUUGCCCGUGAUCCGGAGAGGGACGAGAGCCGAGAUCGUCAUGUCGUCGAUCAAGGAAAACGGUCUUUGGCGCGUCAUGGAGCGCUUCAAUCUGGUCCAGAACAUGCGCGCGGACCACGACGCGGACUUUGCGACUUGGUUGCUUGAGCUCGGCAACGGCCGACUGCCCGCGGUCGACGGCGUUCCGAACACCGUGCAAAUCCCGCGGCAAAUGGUAUGCGACGUUGAUGAUUUGAUCGAUUUCGUGUACCCGCAGCAAAUGUCGUUUGCCAACGUCGACGAAUUCGCUCGGAGAAUCGUUGUGUGUCCCACCAACGAAGACUGUAGAGGUGUCAACAGGGACGUGCUGGAGCGGUGA